GUGUUCAAGUGCAUGUGUAAGUAGACGCCACCACAGCGAGGAAGAGGAAGCACUUUAGAACAGUCAAGUGAUUUGGACGCGGCAACUACUUCUCUAGGUCAGCAGAGGGCAGCAGGGGCCUCUGUCUACAGACAAGGGAAGAAGAAGAAGAAGAAGAAGACGGAGCGAGCAGGAAACGCGAUGUGACGCGUGCGCACUUGAUGCGGCAUCACCAUCUUGUGGGAUAAGGUUGCGUGCUGUCUUCCAACUCUCUGCUGUCCGUUUAGAACUCAGGUUGGGUCUGCAGAUCCGUCGGGUGGACGCAUAAGCCCGUUGCCUUGCUGCGAACCACCCAUUAGCUGGAUUAUGAGCGGAGAAGAGGACGACGUCAUGUCCGGGAGCCACUCUGAUGAGGAUGAUGACGCUGUUGGGGGUAGAACUCCGGUGCUGGAUGAGCACGAGUCAGAUGGGGAGAACGUGACAAGCGGCAUGGCUCAGUCUGAGGGUGACUGUAGCAACGACGAAGACUCCUCCCACCACAUGGAAACUAAAGGAGCGGAUAGUGAGUCGGAAGCAGAGCGUCGCCGAGUCCAUGGCUGUGACUCUGAUGCAGAUGAGGGUUUACCACUUGCUCAGAGCGAUGAUGAGGCUUCCAGCCAGCACAAGAGCUACGAGGGCUCGUCCCAAGAGAAGGGCUCUCCAGUCAGUCGUGGCUCGGACACUGAGGAUGGCGGCUCCAAAGUGGCUGCACACAGUGACUCGGACAACACCGAGUACAAACCAGAAGCAUCCUCUAAUAAUGACUCUGAUGCGGAGGGACGAGGCGACAAAGGAGCUCAGCCAUUGCACUCCGAGGAGGAGGAGGAGGAGGAGGAGGAGCCAGGAAGGAAGCGAGGUGGGAGAUGGAAGGCAGUGGUGCAGUCAGACAGCGAAGAUGAUGAUGAGGAGGGUGAAUUCAAGAGGUCUGCUGAGAGUGAUAAAGAUGAAAAACACAGCAGCGGCGAGGACAAACCUGUGAAAAGGAAAGCAGCCAUCUUGUCUGACAGUGAGGAUGAAGACGACAAACCUGCAGGAAAGAGGAAGCGUUCCGGGUCUCAAGGGGAGAGCUCCGACAGUGACCGAGGAUCUGAGGGCCCAGAUGAGAGUCUGGCCGCCAAACUCCGAGAACUGGGGUCUGACAGCAGCGAUGAGGAGCAGACCUCCCGGCCCGAGCCUGAAAAGAAGAAAGAGGAGUUGUUUGGGAGCGACAGUGAGUCUGGAGGAGACGACGACGACGAGGAGGAGAAGAUGAUUGCUGACAUUUUUGGAGAGUCUGGAGAUGAGGAGGAGUUCACGGGCUUUAACCAGGAAGACCUGGAAGGAGACAAGAAGGAGGCGGAACCUGAGCAGCAGAUGGAGGACUCCGAUUCUGAUGAAGGUGUUGACCGCAGCGGCCACGACACCAGCUUUAUGUCGGACUUUGACAUCAUGCUGGCGCGUAAAAAAGCCAUGAGCGGCAAGAAGCGGCGUCACCGCGAUGGGGGGACGUUUAUCAGCGACGCUGACGAUGUGGUCAGUGCCAUGAUCACCAAGAUGAACGAGGCUGCAGAGGAGGACCGAGCUCUGAACGGACAGAAGAAACCGGCCUUAAAGAAGCUCACUCUGCUGCCUCAGGUGGUGAUGCACCUGAAGAAACAGGACUUGAAGGAAACCUUCAUCGACAGUGGAGUCAUGUCCGCCAUCAAAGAAUGGAUCAGUCCUCUGCCUGACAAGUCUCUUCCUGCUCUGAGGAUCCGGGAGGAGCUGCUGCGUAUCCUGCAGGAGCUCCCCAGUGUGAGUCAGGAGACGCUGAAGCACAGCGGGAUUGGCCGCGCCGUCAUGUUUCUCUACAAGCAUCCCAAAGAGUCUCGGCCCAACAAAGACCUGGCCCUCAAACUCAUCAGUGAGUUCCCUCUGCCGCUGGCCGGCUCCUUGUGUCGCCUGUGUCACGCGUGUGUCAUCCCUUCAGACGAGUGGUCGCGGCCCAUCUUUGGCCUCACCUCCAACUACAAAGGCAUGACCAGAGAGGAGCGGCAGCAGCGGGACCUGGACCAACAGAUGCCACAGAGGCGUCGCCUGAGUCAUCCUCAGAAGGUGGAGAAGGCGCAAGAACCUGAUGUUUUCUCCCCACCACUCAGUUCAGGAGGCCAAACCCCUCGCAGAGACCUGGAGAAACAGCUGACUGGAGAGGAGAAAGCCCUGCGCCCCGGUGACCCCGGCUUCUGUGCUCGAGCUCGCGUGCCCAUGCCGUCCAACAAGGACUACGUGGUCCGGCCCAAGUGGAACGUGGAGAUGGAGUCCAACCGGGUGAGUGUGUGCGUGUGCUGGAGGAAGAAGGGGGCGGAACCGAUCCUGACUCCAGCGUGACAGUCCAUGUCAAAGUGGAUGACGGAUGACGUGUAGAAAUGUACGGCCAACCUUUGAAACCAUGCGGUCAGACGCCACCCGCUGGCUGCGUCUUCACUCACAGGUGGCCGCCCCAUGUAACCUGAGCCCGAAAUCCAAUUCCAAAAUCAAUUUGAUUCGCAUUUCAUGUACAAACCGACUGGAUUUGCAUCAGAAAUGCUACUUUCCUUGGUGAGUUUUACGCUGCAAGCCACUACUUUCCUUUUCCCACAAUGCUCGUGGCUUCACCUUCAGCCAAACACAGCAGUGAGACCUUGGCAACCAACAGAUCAAAUGAUAGUCAAGUGCGCUAAACUGAAAUAUAAGGGCAUGCGUGUAAAGUAAAGUAGCGUGAAACAGAAAACAGAAUGACCCAUAUGUAAACUGCACAAACAAACAGAAACAGCAACAUACAGCAGCUGGGGAGCUUAUUGCUCAGUCGGAGGUAGUUUAGCAGUGUGAGGGCCAGCAGGACACAGCGGUUCCUGAAUCUGGUGGAUCCUGCUGAACCUUCUGCCAGAAGAUGUGCCUUGUUGUCACGUGUCCCGUUCACUGGUGACGCGGCCGCAGUAGUGACAGGAUAGAAACUGAAGGAAUAUGGAGGACGGGCCGGGAACUAGCCACAAGAAAAACAAACCUCCUGUGAAAAAAAGGCUCGCAUUCCCUUGUGUGGCUGUAUUUUGGAUUCAAACCAGACGACGAGCGUCAGUCUCAGGCGGUUAGCAAGAUGUGUUUUUCACUCGUCGCAGCACAGCAAGGUAACACCAUAAAUGAGGGAUGCUCCGAUCGAUCGGCCACAGAUCAUGAUCGGCCGACAUCAUCGUGACCGGUGAAUGCUGACUGCCGCUCACUGGGCAGCAGCACGUCUGCUGUGGAGCUUCUGUCAUGUCAAGUUAGCAUGGCUGCGCAGGGAAGCGCCUUCAAGUGAAACUUGGUGGAGCACGGAGAGUUUUCUGGGCUCAUGACAGUGAGAGCGCUGGUUCCUCAGCAGCUGUCAGCGCAGCUGACGCGUAGCAACAGCCGCCGCUCCCAGCGCGACAUUCGGACUGAUAAGAAAUGAUCAUUCAUUUCACCCAGCUGGAUGAGCAGCCUUUCUCAGGGAGAUGGAAACGACGGGCUCCGUUGGCGUGUUGGAGUCAGGUGCAGCGUUCCUCAGACACCCGAGACUGAAACUUGGUUCAUCACUGCAGCGCUCUCUGUCUGGGAGUCCCGCUACAGUCUGUGAAUAUGUCUGGGACGCAGCACCGUCUCUAGAGACUCACCUGCCACCUCUCACAUGGAAACACAUGGUUUUCAUGUUUCUCUAUUUUUGCCUCCUUGAAGAGGGAUGUAAACACGUGUCUGACUUAAAAAGAUCAUCAUUUGGAUGACAAAGUCAUUGUCAAUCCAUGUGGUCAGUAUAGUGAUCCUGAUCCCUACCAUAAAUCUUUACCAGCUCCUCAAACGUCGUGUGUUUGGUGCUACAACUUUGUUCUGUCGUGGUCUAUGUGGGCAGUAAACUUCAUAUUUCAUGACAUUGUGACAUCAGUUCUUAGCUCAAAAAUGGCGAUUGAUAUUUCCCCCCGAAUGGUGCAGGCCGAGUGUCCAACGCGAGGCACAGCCCACCCGCGGUAGAAUGGGGGGGCGGCGUCAGGUGUAUGAGUCAGGCUGAGCUGUGAUUGGUCCUCCAGACUGCAGCCAAGCGCAUGAGUCUCUUGGAGAAGCACCAGCGACGGCUGGCAGAGCAGAGGAAGCUCUUCCGUCCUCAGGGAGCCGUGAAGAUCAGCAUCGAAGGGAACCGAAUGCCCCUGUAGAUCCUCCUGCUGCCUGCAGGGGGCCAGUAAGUCUUGCAUGGAGGGGAGCCUCAGUGUGGGCGUGGCCUGUCUAACACCUGCAGCGGCGUCUCUGGAGCCGCCGUCUCUUCUCUGACUCUGUCCCUCUGCUGUGCUC